AUGUUCAGAAAGAUUAAUAACGUGUUCCGUCCUAACCAUCAUGGACACAGAUCGCGUGAUGGUGGUGGGUUACGGUGCGAACAGGACUACCACAAUGCCUGCACCGUCAGGCUGGUACGCAGCACCUCCAUGCUCGUGGUGGGAGAGAAAACUCAGGCAGCUGCAGGCUCAACUUUGAAACGAAGCAAAAGUACAGUGAGCAUCGAGUCGACCUUGUACUAUUAUCAGAGACAAGAGGACAGGAUAUGGCUCUACUCUCACAAUCAGAACUGCCUGGAGUACUUGGAGGCGCUGGUGGCUCUGAGACGACAAUACACAAAGAGUGUGAGUAACUUGAAAAGUAAUGAUACCAUGGCCACAGUGUCCUCCAAGAAGAAGCCCGCACCCCCGCCGCCUCCUACAAAGGAAGAACCGAUAUCAAGAGCCAAACCGUCCGCCCCUCCAGCCCCCGACGAGGAGAACACUUUGCAGUUCUUUGAUGCAGUCAUCGCCAGCUGUGACAGUGAGCCAAUGCGCAAACCAUAUCUGGAUGAUGGACAUGCAGAUGUCGACUUCAUAGUGGCCUCCAGCUCGGCUGAACACGACCUCCAUUCUAACUGGGUCUUGCGCGUUCCUCGAGCUGCAGAUGGCUCCAAGCAGACAGCGGUUCGUGACUGUGCCAAUAAAAGCGUCCCGAAGAAGAAAAUCCAGAGUGGGUCCACAUGCAGCAGACUGCAGCUGCAGAGGAACCCGAUCCAUCUGCCCAAAGUGGUGGAGAGCGCAUUCCAGACUCUGCGCUUCAAGCCCAAAUUAAAAAAGUAG